AUGACUGACCCGGGAACAGCCGCGGCGGCCAGCGUCCGGACACGUGAGGGGCCACCAGCUGCCCCCCGUCGCCGCCGCUCCUUGCGCCGUCUCUUCGGCCGCUUUCUGCGCGUUCUGGGCGUCCUCUCCCGCUCCGGGGGCUUCCAGCCGGGGAACCAGCCCGGGGCGGAGCAGAACGAUCCUGACCCUGGCAGCGGCGGCAGGGACUGCUCAGGGGACUCCGCCUGGCCAGCCAGAGAGGUCUCCUGGGAGGCUGGGGACGCGCGCCUUCCCCAGCCCGCUCCCGGAGACAAGGCGCGCCCCCCGGGCACGCAGGGCUUGAAGAACCAUGGUAACACCUGCUUCAUGAACGCGGUGGUGCAGUGCCUCAGCAACACUGACCUUCUGGCCGAGUUCUUGGCGCUGGGACACUACCGGGCCCGGCCUGGCCGAGCGGAGGUCACGGAGCAGCUGGCGGGGCUGGUCCGGGCGCUCUGGACUCGGGACUACACCCCGCACCUCUCGGUGGAGUUCAAGAACACAGUUUCUAAGUAUGGCUCUCAGUUCCAAGGUAAUUCACAACAUGAUGCCCUGGAAUUUCUCCUCUGGCUUUUGGAUCGUGUGCAUGAGGACUUGGACGGUUCACCUCCUGGGCAGACAUCUGAAAAGCCCCAGACUGAGCCUGGCCAAAAUUUGGUGCAACCUCUAUCAUCAGGUCAGCUUUCUCCAAGACAAAGUUUUGUUCAAAAUCACUUUCAAGCCCAGUAUAGGUCUUCGUUGACCUGUCCUCACUGCCAAAAACAGAGCAAUACCUUUGAUCCUUUCCUUUGUGUGUCACUACCCAUUCCAUCAUGUCAGACCAGAUCCUUAAAUGUCACGUUGGUCUUCCAGUCCAAGAGUCAGAGGUUCUUGAGGAUUGGUUUGGCCGUGCCACUUUUCAGCACUGUGGCCACCCUGAGAAAGAUGGUCGCAGAAGAAGGCAAAAUAACAGCUAAUGAGGUGGUUCUGGUUGAGUUGUCCUCCAGUGGAUUCCAGCGUUCUUUCUUUGAUGAAGAGGACUUGAAUGACAUUUCAGAAGGAGACAACGUGUAUGCUUUCCAAGCUCCUUGGUCACCCAUCUGGGGAGUUCCUACCACAUUUUCAGGUUGUCCAUCCAGUAUUCAGUUCAACAAGCACCAAGUCCAGAUGGCUACCUUGGGACCUGAAUCUUUGCCUUCUGGGAAUGGGAGCAAAGUGCUACUUCUACUUUGUAACUUGGUGGAGUCAGGACAAAAAGCUAAAAGAUUUGGUCCACCUUUACUAAUGAGAGAAGACAGAGCUAUAUCUUGGGACCAGCUCCAACAACAGAUCUUGAAUAAAAUGCGCUAUUUAAUGAAACAGGAGGUGCCAGUGCAGCAGAGCUUGGGGUCAUUGUUUGCUGUUCGGGUUGUGGGAUUAUCCAACAUCUGCAGCUACUUGUCCCCACAAGACAACAGACCCCUCUUUCACUGGGUUGUUGAAAGGUCUUUGAAGCUCAGCAGGCCAGGAGGUCCCCCACAUAUCAAGCUGGCAGUAGAAUGGGAUAGGACCACCAAAGAGCUCUUGUUUGGAAAUAUUCAGGAGGAAGUAGUCCAGGAUGCCCCAAGUGUUCAGCUCCAGCAGCAGGCCCAUCAGCAGCCCAGCUGUACCCUAAAUGAGUGCUUUCAGCUCUAUACUAAGGAGGAACAGUUGGCUCCUGAUGAUGCAUGGAAAUGCCCCCAUUGCAAGAUCCUCCAGCAGGGGAUGGUGAAACUAAGUUUGUGGACAUUGCCUGACAUUCUCAUAAUCCACCUCAAACGAUUCUGUCAAGUUGGGGAGAGAAGAAGCAAGCUCUCCACUCUGGUGAAGUUUCCUCUCUUUGGCCUCAACAUGGCCCCCCAUGUAGCCAAAAGGAAUCUUGGCCAGGAGCACCUGCCGAACUCUUGGCCCACCUGGGAACCGGCAUCUUGCCUGCCUAAUAGCUGCCCGCUUGACUUCUUGUAUGACUUAUAUGCUGUCUGUAACCACCAUGGCAGCAUGCAGGGUGGACAUUACACAGCCUACUGCAGAAACUCACUGGAUGGCCAGUGGUAUAGCUACGAUGACAGCACCGUGGAACCUGUUUUAGAAGAUGAGGUCAGCACCCGAGGAGCUUACAUUCUGUUUUAUCAGAAAAGGAACAUCAUUCCUGACUGGUCAGCCAACAGCUCAAUGAGAGGUUCCAUGAGCUCCUCCUUGUCUGAUCACUGGCUUAUAAGGCUUAGGAGUAACAACAGCAGCCAGAGGAAAAGCCUCUCAUCUUGGAGUUCUGCAAAUUUCGACUCCCUUUCUAAAAUGCCUGAUUCUCCUGUCUUCUCAGAAGCCCCUACCAAACAGGAGAAAGGAAAAUCUGAGUCAAAGCCUUUUGUGCGAGGCAUGCAAGGCAGAAGCGUUAGCAUGAAGGAGCCUGCCGCUUCUAAAAAAAUCCAGCAGGGGCCUUUCAAGACCAUGCCCCUUAGGUGGUCUUUCGGAGUCAAAGGUAGAACAAAACAUCACUCUGUUGAGUUGGUAGAAUAUUUAGAAUCUGGACGAAGACCCAAGUGCACUAAUCAGCCCAUCAUUCCAGUGAUGGUGACUGGUGCUCCUAAGAAGGUAGACAUACCAGCAUCAACUCAGUCAAAUUCAACAGCUCCCAGUAAUGACGAAGGGGAUAGUAAGAGGACAGAUGGGAAGGUACAGACUACUAGGACAAGCCUUUCUAGUCAUCAUAAGAAACAGUCCCUGACUACUGGCAAUAUUGAUACUCUAAGAAGAACCAAUAAACCCAAAGAAAACCUGCGUCAAGAGAUGAGGCUUCCCCCAAAACUGGAUGUUCCUCUGACUCUGGCAAAAUCAGCUGGGACUGAAGGGCUGGCUCAGGCAAAGAGCGGUGUAAACAGCCCAAACUGCACUGGGAACAACCAUAUGAGUAAUAGUUUACCACGUCCCAAGGAUUUUCUGAACGUCAAAAAUUUCUCUGGAACCAAUAGAGAUAAUGACCAAAGAGUCUCAGCCAGAUUUUGGGCUAAAACACAAGAAAAAAGUCCUGAGUCAGAACAGCUCCAGCAGAGGAAGUUUGCCCUUCUCAGAUCCAUUGUUUUAAAGAAAGAGCCCAAAGAGAAGGAUAGUAGUUCAGAGAUUUCCAUCAGUUCUUCCUUCAUCUCCCCAUUGAAUAGGCAACGGAACAAUCCAGAUAAAGAACAGAGUAAUAACAGGUUACCCAGCAAGCUUAGAGGAAACCUGACAAAGGAUGAGGUGAACCUCUUAGAAAAAGAUGUCAGUCAAGUCCAUGGCUCCUUCAGACUCCCCAGACAAACUGACUGGCUCCAGAGAGCCAGUGUCUCCCACCCACCACGUAGGUGUAUUCCUGAAGGACAGGCUUCCAAUGGCACCUUUCAAAAAGUGAAAUACCACACUAUUGCCUUAGGCCAGAAAAAAAAGGUACCCGAGUCCAGCUUGUGA